AUGCCUAGCGGACAAGCGAAGCUCAAGCAAGUCGACCUGGCCGAAGGGCGUGAUGCAGUCCUGAGCGCUCUUCAUGAGGAUGGCGGUGUCAUUAUCAAGGGUCUCUUCACCAAAGACCAAGUUCGUCGUCUGAACGAAGAGGUCCAGCCGGCUAUAGAUAGGCUGGCGACAGGCUCAAAACAGUCUGAAGAAUGGCUGCAGGAGUUUCACGGAGACAACACGAAACGGCUUAACGGCAUGGUAGCCGUGAGUAAAACAUUUCGGCACGAGUUUCUCGAGUGCGAGUUGAUCCACCAAAUCUGUGAGGAGAUUUAUUUCAAAGAUGCGGGCGGCUACUGGAUGAAUUCAGCCCAGCUCAUUGACAUCGGUCCUGGAAGCAAGGCCCAGCCCCUCCACCGAGACCAGUGGCAGUUCCCUAUCUUUACUCGUUGUGGUCCUGAUGCACCCGAGGCUAGCUGUAACUUCCUUGUGGCGCUGACUGAGUUCACGGACGAGAACGGGGCGACAAGAAUCAUUCCCGGUAGUCACAAGUGGGAUGACUUUUCACAGAACGGAACACCCGAAGACACUAUCCCAGCCGAGAUGGAAGCAGGUGAUGCUUGUUUCAUUACAGGCAAGGUUGUUCAUGGUGGUGGUGCCAACAGGACGAAGAAUUUUGUUAGACGAGGUGUGGCCAUGGUUUUCCAGUGCUCCUACCUAACGCCUGAGGAGGCAUACCCAUUCGUUGUCAGCAGAGACAUUGCAAAGACACUCACGCCACGAGGACAGCGUAUGAUCGGAUUUCGAUCUCAAUUUCUCAAAGACAGCCCGGGGGUAUGGAAGACCAACUAUGGCGAGGUGGAUGAGGUUUACUGCUAG